AUGUCUUGCAAGUCCGCAUCUGGUUCAGCACCAGGCAUCACUGAGUGCCUGGCCGCGACUAUCAUCUCCACCAUCUCGCGAUCUGCCUCGUCAAAGUCGCUCAUCAUGCCCAUUAAUGAGACAGAAUCAGAAGUCAAACAGACGGUGAUUUACGCGUGGGUGCUCAACGCUAAUAUUGUGUACUCAUCGAGUAAUGGGGCGUUGGGAAGACCAGCUAUCAAGCUGUUGUAUCAGAAGAUACCGCGAGAGGAAGCGGACAAGAUGUUGGAAGCGGUGACGUGUGAGGCGCAGGAGAUCAACCUACCGGCGAUCGCUAUUGAGAAGGUGGUCGAGCAUUUGGAUGAGAGUAACUGGUUGUUACCGGAGAAGGAAAGGGUGUUUAGGGAGUGGAGGGUGGGGUUGUUGACGAGAUGA